AUGGAUCUAAGUGGAUUUCUGCCGGACCUGAAGAGCUGGACUGUAGGCGAGAUCGCUUGUGCUGCGGGUCUCGUCGCUUUCUCUGCCGGUGCGGGUUACUGCAUUUACCGCAGCCUACGGAGAGAAAGAGCUCCUCCGGACCACACGCAGCCUUCUCACGGGCCUGUGGACGUGCUGAGAGAAUCAUUCGAUACUCCUUCUGUACUCCAGCCACUCGAUGCUGUCAGUGAACAUCAGGACAUACCUCUUGUGGAUGAUAAGGGGCCCAGAGAGUCGUCUUUGCUGGUUUACAACCGCAAAGACACAAUCCUUCAAUCACAUGGUAAUCGCAGACCUAAGGAUUCCCUUAUCGUACCACCACAGAGGAUUGUUUCACUGGCAUACAGGUUGAAUCUGGGAGUGUUACAGAAUUUAUUUCCUGUGACCGAGUGGAGACUGACAUCAUCGUGCCAGCAAACCAUUAAACAGGUGACCUGCACAUACCUGUUGGUGGGUAAAGAUGGGCAAAUGGACACCUCCACUUGGGAGAAGGAAGAGGUUCCCGUUCCAUAUGCGGAGUGUGACGAGAGCCUUAACCCAGAGGAGAUGGAGGUGCCCUUUGUUUGCUGCCAUCUUUCAGACAGAGGGGUUACUGAUGUCGGCCUGAAGCUGCCCGCUCUCCGUGAAGCGUUCGCUACUCUGCUUGCCAGCAUCCACAACCAGAACUUCUUGUUCCUGGUUGGAAAGAAGAUCGUCAUGCGUCUGGCAGCGGCUAACAUCCAGGAUGUAGGUGGGGUGAAGUUGGCCUACGAGGCCUUGAUUCAAUUCCUGAGGACGCCUUCUUAUCAGGAUUCGAUUGAAGCAGAGAUCUCCUCCUGUGUCCCCCACUACAACUUCCUGGAUGUUUUUUUGAGCUGAUUCUGUUUCGCCAUUUCAGAAGUGGCUCAACACUUGAGACAUUUAAGGGAGGAUUCUUGGAGCGCCUACUCGAGCUCGUCAGCAUGUGGGAUGUGGACGUGUGGGAGCCUGCAGCAGAGCUGUACUUCACAGUGCUUAUCGAUCACCUAACACAGCUUGCUGAAGUACUGUUCUCUCAGCAUCUGGAGCUCUACAGCGACCCAGCAGCCUUAGCCACCAGGGUUCAGCAUCUUCUCAAGAAGCACGUCCAGCAGAUGAUGGACAUUUUGGAGAAGCUCUGAGCAAUGUCUUUUUUAUCUCUUUAUUUUUUCUUCUUCUGUUUCAUUUUAUGUUUAUUCUUUUCCCUCACUUCUUUUCCAUACAUUGCUCAAGCUCUCCAUAGAUAAGUAUGAAUUAAUUUUAUUUCUAUUUUUGAUUAAGAUUUUAAAAAAUCACUUUU